AUGGUCGAAACCAUAAGCUUCCGUGUGUCGAUAGUUUCAAACACGUCCAGCAAUCGGCAACCAACUACCAUUCCUAGAGGAAAUCAUAUCCACGGACCGGAUCAGGAUGUUCUUUUACCUCGACAUUCUACCAGGAAGUCACUUUUCAGAGAACUUCUGACCGCCGGAGAAGAACGGUGUUCGUCGGAGAAGGCCUAUCUACCAGAAGCUGUUGGAGUACUAGAGUCUCUCAGAUGA